AUGGCUGUCCCACUGCCACCUGCCUCGAACCUCCACGCCAUCCUCCUCGUCACCAAAUCGCGGUCGCUCGGCCCUCGCCUCGUAUUCCACUAUCCGCCGCUAUCGCCGUCAGCAGCCGCUCUCGCCGCGGCCAAAGACCCAGCCUGGUUCCGUCACGACACGUCCACGGCCAGCGUUGACUCGCGAAGCUCGGAUAGCGACUGGGACAGCAGCACCGACUCGGACGAUGAAAACGAUAUCGAAUUAGGCAGCCGCACUAGUGGCGGCCGUCGAUCGGGAAGAACCUUGACUGGGCGGGUGAGCGACAAGGACAAGCUGGGGUCAGGGCUAUGGGGCAGGCAGGAGACGAUUGACGAGGAGGAUGCAGAUGACGACGAUGACAAAGAAGCUACUGGAAGUCGGGGCAAGGGCGGAGACCACGACUGGGGCACGGUGCUCGGCUUCAAGACGGAUGCGCUGGAGAAGAUGCUGAGCCCCAGCAAGGAGUACAACAAGAAGCGAUUCGAGCUGGGCGUUGAGAGCAUCGUCUUUCUGGGCGCGCCCAUGUUCGUCCGGGAAGACGGGCUCUGGAAGAAGACGAAGCGGAAAAGGAAGAAGCGAUCGGACAAGCAAAGACUUGAAGAUGGCGAUCUGAUGAAGAAUCUCACAAGUGCCAGCGAUGACGACGACGACGCCGACGCCCCCGAAGCGCCUGCGAAACCCGUCCCGGAGCCGUUCAGAAUGCCCGAGGGAUUCGAGCCAGGCUACGGCCAUGGUUCCAUGUCCAGCGGACCCUCAGGCGCUCCCUCAGAGGCUGGAUCCGACGCGCGGAGUAACUCGACAAGCCACGACAACAACAACAACCCCGACAUGACCAUGUUCAACGUCGUCUUCGUGCUGAAUCCGCCUGCACUCGAGUACCAGCAGCGCGUCAAGGAGAUGUACGAUAACGUUACGCGCAAGUACGCCAAGGCACUCAAGUACGAGGAGGCGCGGUUUCAGUACGUUUGGAAAGAAUCCAAACGCAUCAUUGACAUCAAGCAGCGGGCCAAGGAGACCAACGAGUCUCUGACGGCGACGUGGAAGAAGAUUGUCAGCACAUCACCGCUUGCCAAGUCCAUCGCCAUCAUGUUCGAUGCCAUCUCGCACGACAAGAUAGCUCACAUCCACUUCGACGCGACGUUCAAUACAUCCUUCCAGAUUCCACAAGCCGAUUCCACGCCAUACCUCCCCACCGCCAUCGAACCUCAGAUGCCAGGCCUAUGGCUUACGACCUCGAACGUUAUACUAGAGGACGACGAUGCACCCAUGACGCAGCAUGCCGCCCUGUUGCUUCUGGAGGAUGCCGAGGUGCUGAUCAAGGACCUCGGCGGCGACGCUGGUGGGAAUGCGGCGGCUAUCGCCUUCUACAUACGCAACAUCGUGCCCACCAAGUCGCUACUGAAGAUCUCCAAGAAGCAUAAUAUAUCAGCGCAAGACAUGGAGUACAUAGCCAGUCAUCUCGUCUAUUGGCGGCGCGCACGUCUUAUCGCUCCUUUGUCACCACGCGACACGUACAUCGUCAGUCCGAAUGCCGAUAUGACUGUUCUCCCGGCCGCGAUUUCAGUCUACGCACAGCGCUUCCCUACGUUGCCUACCCUACCCAAGGUACUGAGCAUGCUUUCCGGUACGCCCCGACCGUACAGAACCUUUAUACCCACCGCCGAGCAUCGCGAUGCCUACAUGGAGAUUUUAGCAUGGCUUAUGCGUGGAGGCUGGGUCACACAAUUGCGCACAUUUGCCUGGGUACGGGUAACGCCUGAGAUCAAAGCGCAAGUGGCAGCCGAGAUUGAGCGGGAAGAGCGUAUCAAGAAAGCCGAAGAGGCGCGCAGAGAGUUGAUGAGCGACAACGAUUCAGUAGCCGACAGUCUGCUCUCCGACAAACGAAGCAGUUUGCUUUCUCUAAACUCGGUCAGGACCUCGUCCCCUCUGCGACGCACGCGGCGAGAUGCGGAUGAAGACAUGGACAGCAGUACCAUACUGAGCCCGCGUCUCGGGUCGACAGCCAUGUCACGGAACUCUUCUGCUCGCACCGGGUCUGACGCCGGCAGUACGAGUAGUCAGCGCACAACCAUCGCGCUCAACCCAUCGCAACGAGCAGAGUCACCAACUUAUCUCGGGCUACGAGACGCAAAGCCCCAUCGUCCGUCACCGCUCCAUCUCAAGCCCGCCUCGCCAUCGCCAUCGCCAUCCCGCACCUCGAUCGUCUCACCGACAUCUCCCGUCGAGAAGCUUACACUACCAGACCCCGCUUUGUUCACCCACACCACCAUCCUUUCCCCACAAAAAGCAUCAUCUAUUGAGGCCAGGUGGCUUGACAAGAUUGCCCAGACUUUUGAAGAGACUGCGAUGAUAUCGGCGAAUCCGAGCCCACCGAAACAUGCAGAUGGUGGCUUUGGUGGUAUAACGGGCAAGGAACUGCGAGAGAGCUGGCCUAUGCUGCUGAGGCAUUUGGACGGUAAGCAUGCGAUUGAAGAUGUGUCGGCUAGAGAGGGCAUUAAGCGGAAGAGAGUUGCUGUGCUCUUUAAUGCGGUCAAGGAGAGGGGGUGGCUGGUCAUUGCGCGGCAUUGCCAAGAAGAGGAAUAUAUCAUCUGUUUACACCAACAUCCAACCAUCCACCACACCAAGGGACCUUCAACUCCAACCAUUACAACAAUGCGCAACGUCCUCGUCACCAUUUUGGCCACGGCCUCCACGGCCCUUGCCUGGUAUGAUCACCCCAGCAUGGUCACCGAGGCACAAACGACCGAUGCUACAUUCCUUCUCCCCUCCUCCAGUGCGACCUCCCCAACUUCGACGGGAAGCGCAACCACCAGCGCACGCCGUCUCGUCACCAGGGUGACCAGGGCGCCCUCCGUGGACCCCACCACUCUGGCUACUAUUGCGCGUUCCAACAAGGAAGAACGCGACGAUCCACGCGUCUACAACAAUGGCUGGCGAACCUGGAUAUCAGAGUACGAUGGGCGCAUGAUCACCGUGAAGCCCUGUGUCAAGGCUACAAGAAUGCGCCCUGUUCUAGCCUGA